CAGACACUGUGUGUGAGUAAUUAAUGAAUUCUAUAUUUUCCAAUCAACGUGGCAAAUCUGGAAAGUGAGCAAUGAUUCUCGAAAUGCUCAAAGUGGAGCAGCAAGAAUCAAAAUAUCGAAAUGAAGAAAGUGACUCUUAGAAUUAAUUAUUUUUUAAAUUAGGGCGAUUUUUUUUAGAAGAUGUAAUUAAUUUUCUAGUCUCUCUUCCUCUUCACAACAUAAAACUCAAUCAAAUAUUCUCCCCGAAAAAUCCGAAACCUUUUCAAAGCACCAUCAUCUCAAAAUUCGUCAAGUCGAUCGAUCAAAAAUUCAUUGUUCGACUCGGUCCUAUUUACGCGACUCAAAUUACCGAUUUUAAUACAAUAUUCCAUUCUCGACUCGUCAAUCAUCGGUCAGCGCGUGACAUCCGGAUCCCCCUGGGUUGGACACUCGAAGAACUCAUCAGAAAUGGUGGCCGAGCUGACUGACAUUUCCCAGGCGACAGUCGGCGGAAAGGCAUCUUCCCAAAUCGGUAGCUCGAAACAGCGCAAUAAACGACCCAGAUGGAUCCAGACGGCGACGCGUGAACCGAUCUACAGCAUCCUGGACAGCGACGACAGCGGGAAUAAUUUUCCCACGAACGUCCACGGCAGGAUUGUGGUGAUCAGCGCGAUCAGAAACGAGUCUCCGGGUUGGAAAGAAAAAUCCAAUAAGUCGGGAAACAAGUCGCCGCCAAUCCUCGAGGAGGUCGAGGACGAAAACACUCUCUACAGCGUGGUAAAAAAGCCGAAGAAAGUCCGGUUACCUGAAACCUCGUCGUCCGAGGGAACUAUUCGACCCGUCGACGAAGUUGACCCGAGUCGGAUCGGGGACACCAAGAGGCGACAGCUGGACCUGGAAGACGCGUCCAAGCGAGUCGAGGUGAGAAAGUGGCUCCGUGACACGCCCGGACAGUCUCUGCCAGAUCCACCGAAGAUGUUCUCCAACCGAUCCGAGCUCGAGAAUCGCUGGUCCCACCUGGAGAACAACCCGGUGGCGCUGCCCCGAGGAGUGGUGGGCCUCGUGGGGCCCUACAGGAUUUAUGGGAACGAAACUAGGGAAUAUGUGCUGCAGGAGGAGGAGCUUGUCGAAGAGGUGCUGGAUUCUACGAGCGAAAAAGUGGAGGAGAAUCAGGAGGAGGAGAAUCGAAACGAGUAUCGACAGAGAGCGAAGUGGAGGAUCAGGGAGAACGACGAGGAGACUUUAGUGCCGGAUAUCCGGGAUCUGCCGAGUCUGGAAGACUUCGUGGAGAUGAAGGACGGGAAGAGGGAGGGUGAUGAUUGGGGAAACGAGCGAGGAUCGCUGACGAUGAUGGAGAAAUCGGGAUGUGUCGAGAAGAUUCUGUCCGGAAAAGAGGAACGCGCCGUGGAUGUACCGGAUACAAUGAUGCCGGUGAAGCAGAAACGGGCGAGCAAUGAGCAGCACGACAAGGACAGCCUGAACGAGACCGGAAGUACAACCGGGGGCACCGUGGAGGGCGCGCCGAGUGGUGGCCCCUCGGGCUGCAGGGGUCAAGCCAAGGACAAAAAUGAGCCACCGCCAGCGCAACCGUCCACCUCGUCGCAACCGGCGAGAUCCUUGGUCUCCAGGAUCCUGGCGAGGACGAGGUCGCACGAGGACCUUCUAGACCACUCGGAACCUUACUCGCAAUUAUGGGUGGUUCUCUCGAACGUGUACGGCGAGCUGAUCGUCGUGCUGACAUUAGCGGUGUGUUUGGCCGAGGUCAUGGACACGCCUGUGCCUCUGCUCAGUUUGCAGGGCAUCUUCCUCAUGUAUCUCUACGUGGGAAGCAUCGCUGUUAUCAUCGCAAUCUACAUAUGGGUCUUGAUUGACAGCUGUAGCAGCUUAAGCCGCAGCCGUAACGGGCUCGGCGACGCGGAACUCGGCGGCGCGUCGCUCACCAGGUUCGGAUCAUUAAAACGAGCGCACAUCUCCAGGGCCAGGACCGCUCCGACCAGUUUUUACAUACGCGUCGGCGCGCUCCUAUUCGGUCUGGCGACGUUGGUGUUCAACGGUCUGGAGAUGGCGAUGCACACGAUGAUGCAGGGCGCCGAGUGCUUGACCGAUGUCGUCUUUGUGCAUCCGGUGAUGCACGGACUGUUCACCUUCUUGCAGAUGCACUUUCUCUUCGUAAACUCGCAGGUCCUCGUAGAACGUUUCGGUCUGGCAGCUCGUUUCGGUUUCACCCACCUCGCAGCCACGAAUGUCGCGGUCUGGGUACGAUUGGUGAUUUGGGAUUCCGCACAAGAAUGGACUUACUUUGUGCAUUUGGCGCAGCACGAGCAGGAAACGUCCGCAUCUCCUUUGAGUCUUCGAGGAUUUCCCGGAUCCUUGACGAGGCAAUCGCGAGAUCUUAUUCUAGAUGAUUCGCCGACGAGAGAAAGUAACUUCAGGGCUUAUCAACCUGUCUCGAACGAGCAAAUCUCACAAGUAAUCGCGCUACAAGAAUGCCUAAAUACUAAUACUCUAGGACAGUUGUGGACGUCAAGCAUGCCCUUCCUCUAUCCCUUUAUCGUGCAAUUUAGUCUGAUAGCCGCCGCGGUGACCUUCGUGAUGGGUCAGAACGUCGGUCGGAGUCGACUGACCAAGCAGAAAUUCCACGGCAGCAAGGAUCUAGGCGGGCACACUAGGGUAGGCUGCGACGGUUCCAGCAAGGGUCUCUUCCUGGGCAUCCUCUGCAUGGUUGCCGGCAUCGUGGUGAUCCUGAUCUUCCUCGUGGUGCGCGAGGACGAGAACUUCCCGUCCGCAACGCUGUCCUGGCUCACCUGCGGCACCCUGAUCGGCAUCCUGACGCUGAGCAGCUUGAUGACAGCUAGCGGUCUCGUGCAGGUGCGACAGAUCUCGAUAGUGUCGCGCGCGCCACCCGCCCUGGACAAUCUUCUGUCGAACGUGUCGCUCUUCGGGGUUCAGCUGUACUCCGUGUUCACCAUCGUGGUGUGCGCCUGCUCCCUGGUCAUGUCGGAUCACGGCGAGAGCGAGGACGCGCGCGCCAGACACAUCAUGCUGCUGUCAACGUCGAUCCUGCAGCUGGUGCAGUGCUUUGCCCAGAGCACGCUGAUUGCCGAGACGUCGCGACGCUCGUGCAUCACGCGAUUCCAGAUGCUGGCGAAACCCGGCCGUCAGGUGAUCACCUUCCUGCUCUUCAGCAACGCCGUCCUGUGGGCCUUCGACACCGUCAUCACGCAGAACUGGCUGUCGCAGGAGCUGCAGCUCCGCUUCUUCGGCGUCCUCGCCUGGGGCGUUCUCUCGCGAAUCGGUUUGCCUCUCCUCAUCUUCUACAGAUUUCACAGUUGCGUGCUGCUGCUCGAGGCCUGGAACAAACUGCAUCGUCCUGGCCUGAAAGAUCCUCAAGAUUGCCGUCGAAGAUUGAUGUUUAAAUCGUCGCCGGACAGCGGACACGUUUGCAAGCGGCCACUGUAUCCGAAUUCGCUGUCGCUAGACGCGAUGCACCUUCUACCCUACGUGGACAGCGCGAGCUGGUUGUACCUGGAUCCGAAUCCUGUUUUUCCCUACCGCCUACCGAGUCUGGAGUGCGACGCGUCGCUGGCGUCGUCCGAGCAGCAUCAUCACCAUUAUUAUUAUUAUCGUCAUCCCCAUCGCCAUCAUCAUCAUCAUCAUCAUCACCGUCACCAGCAGAAGAGACACCGCCGAGUACUGAGCGAUCCCGGAGGAUGGAACGCCGGUACUCGGCUGGACCCGACGCGACAUCGCCGAGUACUUAGCAGCGCCGGCGCCGAUCUUAUGUGGGCGUCGAUAGACGAGGCCAAUGAAGACAAUCCGUCGCCCGAGGAGGAGACAAGAGCGUCGACCUUCAGAAAAGUGCCAUGGCACCCCAAUUUGCAUAUGCUCAAGAUCAGGAGAACGUAGCAUUUAUUCGUACGAUCGCGAGCAAAAAUUCAAUCAAGUGGAAGUGUAGAACAAGAUGGAAAUUUUGUGAUCGAGCCUUUCCUUAGUGUUUUAUGUCAUUUGAAAUUAAAUUGUUAAACAAGGUUUCUUGAAGUUUUCUGCCUGGAGCUGGAGCAGCGACCAUGUUGGAUUGUGACACCAGAGGUGAGAAAGCACGCACGAUGAAGAUUCUUAGAUGCCAUUUUUAAAUGAAAAGAUAUUUUGUGAAGCACUAUUUCACAUUGCUUUAGCACAUUUUUAAGAUACCUCGGAAACUAUUCUUUUCCUUUGACAAUCAAUCGACAACCGUAAAAUGAUCGUGCAAGGACUAGACCAACUGGAUCUCAUAUUACAAUCAUUUUACAGCUGUUGAUUAAUUAUAAAGGAUAGUUUUUGAGGUAUUUUAAGAGUGUGCGCUAAAGCCAUCUGAAGUGCUACUCUUCGAAAUAUCUUUUGGUUUAUAAAAAUGGCAUCUAAAAAUGUUUAGCAUGUAUUUUUCCGCCUGUGACGUCACAAUUCCAACUUGGUUUAUAAAUGGAAAAAAAAUUUCGCAUAAAAUCUGAACUCAUGCCGUGGAUCGCAUUUGUCGCUUCAAUGAUGACGCGAUUAUGCUUUUCCAACUUUUCCAUGUCUGAAGCACAACGCUCUGUCUCCGAAUAGUGCGAUAUGCCUUUCGGUUUUUUCACGUGCAAUAUUUCUAGAUUUAAGUUCACGCUAUAGUGUACAAAUAAUCGCUGUAAACGAGCGCCAUAGACGACGACGAGCGUCUCUGUCGCGAGAGCCAUCGGGUUUGCAUUCGUGAGAAUAAUGAGCGAUGCAACCUUUAAUAAUUAACGCAGAAAGAAAGAGAGAGUUGUAAUUAUUAUUCGCGAAU